CCUCUUAGUUAAUUUGUUGUUAGCCCCGCCCAUCCAAACAUGGCGGUUGCUAGUUCUAGAAAAAUUUCAAACAGAUCCUUCACUGUCCCCUCUCCUUCUUCUUCAAGUAGUGGGAGCUCUAGUGGACGAAAUAAUCCAGAGUCUUCAAGGAAAUAUAAUCAUUUGAUUGGAGAGCAAAAAUUUGUUGUAUUGAGUGCACAAGAAAGUCUAAAACAAGCACUAAUGGUUGUAGAUAGAGCAGGUUCCAAGGAGGAGAAAGACAGUGCAAUGAUCCAAGUUAAAGAAAAUAUAUCUCGUUGUGAAGAACUUAUAAUGAAGCUGAAAGUUGUACUAUACAUAAAGAAUGAAUUGGAUGACAUCCAGUUGGAGCUAUCUGCAAGAAAGAAAGGAAAAGAGAGUCCCACUAAACUGUAUGCAAGACAGAAGUGGUUGCAGAGUAGGCUAGAAAAGCUGUUGCUUAAAAGAAGAGGUAGGCCAGGAGCUAAAGGAAUGAGAAGCACUGCAGCACUAAGCUUUAAUGCAAGAAUGGAAGCUACUGAUUCACAGGCUCAAGCUGUGAUAAGAGGAAGAAAUAGACUUAGAGCUGAGAGGACCGUUGCUAGCAUAUCAUCUCAUAAAAGAGCUAGUACUAUUGGUAGCCUCUCUGAUAUAACAUCUCCAGGAGGAGGAAGAGGAGGGAGAGAGUCAUCUCAAAGAACAUACUCAAGCUCAAUGACUCAGAGCUAUAAAGGUGGAGGAGGAGAGAGUGAUGAAUGGUGCAGUAGUGAAGAGAAUAGAACUAAAGGAGAGUCUUCUGAUGAUGAUGAUGAUGGAGUGAUUAAUGUGGAGGAGGAAUUGAGGAAAGAAGAAGAGGAGGAAGGAAAGAGAGGGAAAAAGGAAAAGGACAAGUCAGGACUUUUUGAGCUUCCACGCUCUCCUUCAAUAUUUGGACCUCAUUCCUGGAAUUUAUUGUUACUAGCAAAUUAUACUAGUCUACUUGAUGAAGGGCCUACCUUUGGUAAAAGUGGUGAUAGGAGAAUCAAUAGCAAAACUUCACAUGCUGGUUUGGCCCCCCUAUGGAGUGACAUCAAUAAAUUGCAGGAUCUUAUUGUGUCUGUCACGAAAUCCUUAUCCUUUGGUGAUAAGAGAAAGAGCCCUCUUCCCAUUAUUGGUAGGAAAGGAAAAGUAAUAGUAGGAGGUGAAGGCUGUAGUUUUACAGAAGUACUGAAAGACCAUCAGACUUUAUUGCCUGAUGAAGCAAGACCAGCACAGCCAUGGACUAGGAGAGUAUAUGGAAAAGAAGCAAGACUAUAUCCUCAGCAUCAUUCCCACAUCACUCACUCACAGCAAACCUCACAGAGAGAUAGAGGAGCUUUUAAUCCAUUGCUACCCCCACCAACUACAAAACAUAAGGGUGGUGGUGCUGGUGGUAAAAACAGCAUUAAACUUGAUCAUAUUGGAAAGAAAAAGAUAACAAGACCUGCUAUAAGAGAAGGAGUAGAAGUACCAGCUGAGUUAGAAGAUUAUAAGCACAAAUGUAUUGAGGAACUACUGUCAGAUCUAAGCAGCUCUAAGCUAGUUGACAGGAGAAUAGACCUAGUGCAGAUAUUGGGGGACCUUGGUUGUCGUGGUGAUCCCAGUAUCCUUGAGUGUCUCCGUGCUUGUUUAGCAACUGAAGAAGAUGGAUCUGUACAGUAUGAGACACUAAAAGCAUUAAUAAAACAUGGUGUUUGGGAUAACACUGUAGUGUAUGCACUAACUGAAUUAUUGUCAAAGGGUUCACAGGAGAUACAGCAUGACAUUUUAUCACUUAUAACUCAUGAGAUGGCAACCAAUUCAUUGAUAUUGCAACAAAAAUCACUUGACAAAUCGAUAAUUGAAGGUUUUUUUGAUGUACUUGCUCACCUUCUUAAAGAUAAAGAAGGAAGAAGGACUAUGAUCAAGAAUGACAUAUCUUUCUUGUCUGCCAUUAUCCUAAGCAACAAUGAAUGCUCUGUAUUAGCUUCCUUAUGUAAGGAAAGGCUAGAGUUAGCUUUGCAUGAUGGUACUGAGAAGCAGCAGAGUAUGGCACUUGAUGUGCUAGUCAGGUUGAGCCCUGCUGAUAAAGGGCUGCUUCAAAUAGCUCAAAAACAAUCAGAAUCACAUGUUAAUUGGAAGAAUCGUUUAAAAGCAGUCGAAUGUCUCAAGGUUGGAGGUACUUCGUUAAUACAUAAACAUUUUGAUGAAGCUUUAACGAUGCAAUAUCUGCUAAAGAGACUCGCCAAUGAGCCAAUACAUAUUGUCAAAGUUGCCUUUGGGAACUUGGCCAAAGAGCUUGGUCUGAAAGCAAAGUGUGAAGUGGAGAUUAUAAAAAAAAUAGACAGUGACAAAGAGACAGAAAGAGUAGAAGGAGUAACAUCACUGGGUGGUUUUGUUACUAUUGAUAAUAAAACACACAAUACCCUAAUGGAUGUUAUUGAAAUGGAUCCAAGCACAUAUGUCAGACUAACAGCUGUUUCAAUUCUAAACAAGGCACCAUCACUUAACCCUCUUGUUGUGUCUCGUCUGAUGUCCAGAUGCAUAGGGACUGGGCCUGUUGCUAGGCAAUGUAGACAUGUAUUGAAGCGUUUGUCAGUCAACACAAGGAAAACAUAACUUUUACAAUAACUACUCUCAUAAAGAAGCCUACAAUGUGUAUAGAUGUAUUAUUGUAUAAGAUUAUAACUACAGAUAAUGAUGGCUGAUGAGUAAA